CCCGUGACCUGCCGCUGCCAGGGAGGUGCCCGUGACCUGCCGUCGUCGCCCCAGGAGUGCCCCUGCCGGUCGCCGUCCUAGGGGAGUGUCCCUGCCGUCGCCGCCCUAGGGAGCGCCCUCAGAUCCCGGCCGGCGCGGGCUGGGAGGGGCACGGCCUUCCGUUCGGGCGAGGCCCGCCGGCGGGCGCGUGCGGGGCGGGGGCUCCGAGCGGCCGGGCCGUGGGGUCCGCGCGGCCGGGGCUGGGCACCCGCGCGCCCAGAGCAGGAUGCCGCGCUGGUUGGCGCGGCCGGGCAGUGGGCUCCGCGCGCGGCCGGGAAGGGACGUGGCGCCGGUGCUGCGUCCGCGCGAGUAGGGGGUUCCGCGCCUAGAGCUGCGCGAGCGCCCAGAGCAGGACACCGGGGCGCCCAGAGGCGGAAGAGGGCGGCGUCUGCGCGUUGUCGCCGGAGGCGGGCACAAUGCCGCGCCUCCGCCUCCCUGUGGUCCUCCUCCUCCCCAUAACCCUCACCAUCCUCCUCCUCCUCCUCUUCACGUCUUCCCCGCGCCCACGCCUGCCCACGCCGCAGCCGCUCCCCUGCGGCGCCGCGCUCUCCGAUGCGGCCGACGGGCGGUGGGUGCCGACGCCGUCCCCCGCGCCGCCACCGCUCUACUCCCCAUCCUGCCCCUUCCACCGCAACGCCUGGAACUGCCUCCGCAACGGCCGCCCCCAGCUCGCGGCGCUCUCCUGGGCACCCACCCGCUGCGGCGGCGCCGUCGUCCCGAGGAUCGACGCCGCGGGGUUCCUGGCCGCGGCCACGGGACGACGUGUCGGCCUCGUGGGGGACUCGCUGUCCGAGAACCUCGUUGUCGCGCUGCUCUGCGCGCUCCGCUCGGCGGACGACGGCGCGCGCAAGUGGAAGCGGCAAGGCGCGUGGCGCGGAGGGUACUUUCCCAGUGAGGACGUCGUCGUCGCCUACCACCGCGCCGUCCUGCUUGCCAAGUACACGUCAGUGGCAGCAUGUGGGGAAGUCCAAAGAACUUCAGAAGAAUGGAAUAAAAGGAACUUACAGAGUGGAUGUUGACAUCCCUGCUGAUGAUUGGGUAAAUGUCACAAAGUUCUAUGAUGUGCUAAUUUUCAACACUGGACACUGGUGGAAUACAUAUAAAUUCCCAAAAGAGACUCCCCUGGUUUUCUACAAAGGAGGAAAGCCGAUUGAGCCUCCACUUGGCAUGGACGAUGGACUGAAAGUAGUUCUGAAAAGUAUGGCCUCUUACAUUGAAAGGGAGGUUCCCAGGAAAGCACUGAAGAUGUGGCGCACACAAUCACCUAGGCAUUUCUAUGGAGGCGAGUGGGAUCACAAUGGCAGCUGUGUAUCUGAUAGACUCCUUGAAGAGCAUGAGCUCGAUUCUUGGUUUGAUCCCCGGUUUGGGGGAGUGAACAAAGAUGCGAGGAUGAUGAAUUCAGCAAUCCAGGAAGCCCUAGCUGACACUGAUAUUCAGUUGCUCAACCUGACUUACAUGAGUGAGUUCCGUGCUGACGCCCAUCCAGCUAUCUGGCUCGGCAAGAAGGACGCAGUGGCUAUAUACGGACAGGACUGCAUGCAUUGGUGCCUACCCGGCGUGCCGGACACUUGGGUCAACAUCUUGGCUGCACAGAUCUUGCAUUAUUUGAAGCAGGGAAAAGGCUGAUUGCCUUGCUGAAGUUAGAAUCCUUGUCGACAUUUUUUCCCCUAUCGGAACGAACCGCACCAUGUAAGGCUGAAUGGAGGGAGAAGAUCCCGAACAGAGAAUGAUGUCAAGGCCCCCAUUACAUGCCUCAAAGAAGGGAAAUGCCCCGUGGGUGUGUCAUCGUCUCCUGAUCGAUCUGUGGAUCAAGGUGUUCGCUACUAGCCUGGCAUCACAUCCUCCCCUCGUAGGUCACUUCCACCACUCAGGAGUUACCCGUGCCGGAUCAGACUAUUGGAGACCCUGCACGGCUAGUGAAUGUUCCAUGCUAUAUAAUUACAACCUUACUUUUGUAGUCUCUGACAAGUACGUUUUCCAUAAUGGCCUGCUGUGAUACUUUUUGUCUCAACUACUUUUGUUGAUGUUUCGGAACCCUGCCCUGUCUUUAUGGAAAAUAAGAGUGUUAGAUCAGUUUCA